AUGCGUGAAAGUCUCACACGCCUGCGCACGAAGGUCAAGUCGGCUACCAUGGAGGAACUCCAGAGGAAACUGAAUCAGCGCUAUGAGGACACAAAACCCAGAAAGGUGAGGUUCAAGCUGGCAUCAUCGUACAGCGGUCGAGUGCUCAAACAUGUGUAUGAGGAUGGUCAGGAGCUUGACAGUCCAGAGGAGAAAUACCCUCAUAGCUUCGUCCACCGCAAAAUCCCUCCCAGUCAUCUGGAGAUGGAGCAGCUUUGUGGAUUUGAGGAUGCUCAGGGAGACCAACAGGGUGUCUAUCAUCCUACAGGGCUCAUAGCCCAGAGAAUUAACGUGUACAGAGGUGUGGGAAGCUACAAGCCUGCUCCAGGCCUGACUGAGAUGGCAGAGGGAGACACACGUUCCUCAGUUCUGGAUUUUGGUAAGAUAAUCAUCUACACCAGCAAUCUGCGUAUCAUCAGAGCCCCCGCCGAGGAGGAAUGAAGCUGUGCGCACCAUGCAGAGACCCCCUGGGACUCGGAGAACACUCCAAAGGCCAGGGAGAGGGAGAGCAGGAGAAAGGCUAAAACUCUUUGUACUAAAGAUGGAGAGAAAGAAGGAGGACACAGAGUCGCAAAAACCUCAUCUAAAGAGGCAGACAGCUGCCAGCAUUGUGGCGGAUCGGGCUGCGCUCCCUGCUCUCUGUGUCACGGCAGUAAGCUGUCCAUGCUGGCGAACCGCUUCAACGAGUCCAUCAGUGAUCUGCGUUGCCCGGCCUGCUACCCCCACGGCCUGGAGAAGUGCCAGUCCUGCUCCAGCGAAUAGCAACGUUUGUCACAACAACAGAUACGGGCGUUUGCCAGACGGCGAAUGUGUCAGUCUGUCAGAGCCGUCCCAGCUGUGAUACGGCUCUAAUCCCAAUAUUCUUGGUGGGAUGUUUUCAAGCACUACUGGGAAACAGAGCUAUCACUGGAAGAAGGAGUUGUGACAACGCCGGAGGCACAAAAUCAUAAAUACAAUUCCUGUGUGCAGUGAACAUGGCUUCAGAUAAGACAUACAUAUAAUCACUUUUUCUUUGCUGUUGUUGUCACUAUUAUUUGGCAUCUGCACUCCGCUUCCAGAUAACACUCCCCCCCACCCCGCCUGCUCCACGACAGAGUUAUCAUUUUAAUUAAAGUGCUGCAAACAUUUUGCAUGUUCAUUUCUUCUGCCGUGGGAAGCUGACUUGUUCCUAUCACUCUCCUCCAUUUGCCAGAGGGAAUGAAACCUUUCCAAUCAAGAUUUGAUGUACUGUAUGAGGAGUAAUUGAUGCUUUUGUUUUCCAAAAAACAGACUGGUUGAUUAAAAAGUCUGAGCUGGAAAGACAAAUAAAAAUGCACAGUGAAACUAAAGGGAAGGACUUAAGAACAGGAAUGUUCAACACCACCCAAAUGCAAAUGAAUGCACUACUGUUGUGUAGAGAGAACACCAUCAAACACGGGUCUUUAGCCAUAUUGUGAU